UUUCUCCCCCCCCCCCCCCCCUCGGAGCUUGUGUGUGCUCGUUCACCAUCGCCCUUGUUUCCCCGAGAAACAACCUCCAUCCUCACCUCUCUUUUUGUCCCCUCUCUCUUCUAACACUCAACACAAACCGCUGACCCGCGGCGCCCGCUGCCCCCUUCCUCUCCCUGAUCCACUUACUCCCAGCUGUUUUUCAUGCCGAAGAAGACGGUUGUCUAAACGUUUAUGUGAGGAGCUGCUUUCUUUUUUUCUAAGCCCUGAUCAAUUUCCCAAACGAACUUUGUGGCAUGUGUUAAAAUACAGGAAACGGGCCAAAUAAUGGUUUAAAAAAAGUAUUCUGAUCUUCAAGCCAAGAAAGGGCUUACAAAAGAAGAUGAAAUACAGCUUAUUCUUGUAGAGGAAAUGCAGAAUAAUCUGAGGGGAAAUGUUUGGGGAAAAUAUUCUCAGAAAGAUGCCAGUUAAGUAAACACGUAUAAAUUGCACAAUUGAGCCUCCGCUGCACCAGCCAAGUCAUGCACUGAGAUGGAGAGAGCAAGAGAGGGAAAAGCAGCAGGAACAGAGAGAAAAAAAUGCCUGUGCAUGAUAGUCACAACCUUCAAUAAAUCACAAGGAAAAGCUGGCUGCUUUGUGAAACUCUUUACCCCCCCCCCCCCCCCCCCUCACCUCAUUCUGUGGGAUUUCAUUUAUCUCCUUCAAGACAUUAUCCUGUAAGGGAAAUUAUUUUUUUUGCCUUUUCGUGUUAACUGCUGCAGGAUAUUGUCGCGUUUUUUUCCUCUUCUUCUUCUAGAUAUUAAUGUUCAAGUCAUCGUGCUCCCAGAAAUGUCAUCCUUUUUCCAGACCUAACAAUUAUCACCCGACCAGCACACGACCCGCUGUAGGCUCUUUGUAGUCGAAUAGUGAAGGGGUUCCAUCUGUUUAGCUUGGACCUCUGUUUCUGCCUCUACCUUGAGCACAUACAAGACAAGCUGAGUGGACUUUGGCUGCAAUCCUUUUGUUUACAGAGUACAACUUCUGCUCCAGAAGUUUAAAUUUAAAGACAAACAGAGAGGACAAAACUAGCAGGAAUUUGGAAGAGCAAAUGUUGGUCAAUGAGAAUAUUUGAUAUGUAUAUGUUUCGCUCUCUCACACACACACACGCACACACACACACGCACGCACGCACGCACACACACACCCACACACACAGCUGGACGGCAGACUGAUGCUCAACUCCAGAUUAGAUCAGAUUUAAUAAGGCCUCCCUGCACUUUGGCCUGUAGCUUCUUGUAGAAAAAGCCAUUGUUAAAGAAAAGGUGAUUCUACUGACAGCUUUUACCUAACAGAUGCUAAAACAUCCACCAAAAUGUUCAGGGGGCCUCGCACUCACAUAUAGUCAAAGUCACACACCCGCAAAAACAAUUUACUCUGGUUUUGGGAAAUGGCUAUGUGUAGAAAUGAUGGGUUGUGAGCGAAUGGAGAUCAGUGUGACCUUUCGAGGUGUUUGUACCCGACUGGAUGUGGUUGACGGACGAGAAAGUUCAGCAGCAGCACAGACCGCCGCGCAAACAGUAGUAGCUGCCGAUAAAUAGGGAAAAUAAUAGAUUAGAUUGUUUGGUGCAGGCAAGGAUAUUAUUUCAGCAGACAUUAAGCAAACACCAAUGCCAUGAAAGCAAUACAUUUAACCAAACAACAUUUUCUGCAUUUCAUUGUCAAUAUUGAUUUGACUUUGCUUAAAGGUCUGAAUGUAUUUAUUGCAUGUCAACAUGUUUUAUAAUUAAUUUUGUGUAAAUUUCAAUUGUAUUUUUUUUAAAAUAUAAUUUUCUUUCAAUUAUGGUGUCUUGAUAAUCAUGUUGAUAAGGCUUUUUUUUUUUAAAGCCAAUGUGAAACAUUUUGUUUGUUUUGAUUGUUAGUAUACUCAAAAUCAACUUGGCAAUAAAGUGAAUUGCAUAACGGAUUUAGCGGGAAAUGUGUCAUGAUUUCAUUUUUUU